AUUCAUCCUUUUCCUCUUUUCUUCUCCUUUUUAUUUUUUUUUGUUGACUUGAAUGUCUACUAUUGAUAGACAAAGAAGACAGUCAGUCUAUAGUAAAGCAACAGCAACAACAACAACAACCAAUGGUAUUGUGGAUUAUGACUUCAAAGUAGGAGCUCGGGUCCUUGUUCAUGGUGAAAAUUCAGGCACUGUUCGUUAUGUUGGUACCACAAGUUUCCAAACAGGUCGAUGGGUUGGUAUAGAAUUAGAUGAACCCAAAGGAAAAAAUUCUGGUGUAGUUCAGGGGAAACGCUAUUUCGACUGUCGAACACAACACGGGGUAUUUGUACGUCCAACUCAAGUCAAGUUAUUGACAACACCAUCCGGCAAUACUCAAAGGCGAAAAAGUGUUUACAAUAACAGCAACUAUAGUAGCAGUGAUGAUUUAAAUGGUAGUCGAUCUUCUGCAUCCUCUUUGGAGAAUUCACCAACUCAGAAACAACUCAGAAGAGCUUCAACAACACAAACUAAUAAAGUGCGUCGACUUUCCACUCAACCAGUUAGUAAACCAACUACACCUCCAACUGUGAAAAGAAGGCCAACUUCUCUCUUGACUGGGGAUACUCCUCGUGCUAGCAUUACCAUAACGGCAACUGCACAAAAUAGACGAAAAAGUAUAUCCGUUCGUCAACAACAACAACAACAACCACCAACUACUACAACAACAAAAAGUUCAGUUACUCGACCUCGAUCUACAACGCAAUCAUCAAUACCCCAAGACAAUUUACCAUCCAAAGAUGUUUCAGCUUCUGCUGCAGCACGAGAAAAGAAGCUUCAAGCCUUACGAAUGCAACAACUACAACAACUUCAAUUGGAACAAUUGCGCCAACAACAACAACAACAGCAACAACAAGAGCAACAACAGCAAAAUUUAUCGGUAUCAGAUCAAAGUAGCAUUUUGGAUGAUGAUGAUACUGAUGAUGAUAGUGAUGAUGACGACAAUGAUGAUGACGACGAUGAUGAUGAUGAUGACAUUGGACGUACUGAUACCUUAGACAAUGAUACUGACAAUGAUCAAGUAGAAACAGCAUCGACAACUGAAUCCGAUCAUUUGACUGAAAACGAUGUAGAUAGUAGCAAAGAUGAACAACAGCAAUCAACAGCUAUCCACCAGCAACAAAUAUAUGGUGCCUUGGCGUCUACAAAACCCGUCAGCAAAUCAGAUCAGAUGGUACCAUUGAAAGAUUAUGAAGAACUUCGAUUUAAACUCAAGAUUUUGGAAGGCAAACGACAAGAAGAUCGUGAACGAUUCCGAGAACAUGAAAAAAUCAAAGAGGAAGCCGAACAAUUUCUUACUUUACGCAACAAACUCCAAGAUAAAAUUGCUGAUUUACAAAAGGAUGUGCGCGAAACAAAACGAGACCUCAAGGAAGCUCUGGCUGACAAGGAAAUGUUUGAAACCAAAUAUACUGAUGCAUUGGAAUCUUUGGAAAUGAUGACCGUAGAUAAAGAAAUGGCUGAAGAACGUGCUGAUAUGUUACAACAUGAGGUGAAUGUGCUUACCGACAAGAUUGAAGAAAUUAGCGUGGAUCUUGACAUUUUAAGGAAAGAGGCUGAUUUGAUGAACCAACCUCCUGAAUUGAUAGGCUCUGGCGAAGGAAAAACAUCUCUAGAAGUGGUGCAACUUGAACGACAUAAUGAACGAUUGAAAGAAGCUUUAAUAAGACUUCGUGAUGCAGCCACGGAAAAAGAAGCUGAACUUAGUGAGCGACUUAAGGAAUUGGAACGUGAAUGUUUUGAACUGGAUGACAUCAAAGAACAACGUGAUCGCUACAAGGAAAAGUUGGACAUUACUGAGUAUCAAAUGGAAGAUCUAAAACAACAAUUGGAUGACGCUCUCGGUGCUGAAGAUUUGGUGGAUCAAUUGACGGAAAAGAACCUGAACUUGACUGAGCAACUUGAAGAAUUACGUGCAACUGUAGAUGACCUAGAAGCAUUGAAGGAACUGGCAGAUGAACUGGAAGAAAACCAUGUGGAAACUGAAAAGCAACUAGAAGCUGAAAUUGAUCACCGUGAUAUGCUACUUAGGGAACAAUUAGAUCGAUUGAAAUCUGCUGAAGAAACUGCUGCUGAUUAUGAAUCGACUAUACAACAAUUUAGAGAAUUAGUCUCACUUCUUCAAAGUGAUCUGGAACAACUACGACAAAAAGAAGAAAAUCAAGCUUCAGAAAAACAAAAUCUUAGCAGCCAAUCACAAGCCAUGAUGUCCUUGAAUCUCCAAUUACAAUCUACAGUGAUGAAAGCUCAAGCCAAAUCCAUUGAUUUAGAACUUCGUAAACUAGACGGUGCUCAAGCAACAGAUCGAUUAAGUUACAUUCAACCUUAUCUACCUGAUGCAUUCUUCAAGACUGAAAAUGAACCCAUUUCUUGUCUUUUACUAUUCAAGCGACUGGUAUUCAAGACUGAUCUUAUUAUCAAGCAUCUUGAUCAAAAUCAUCCCAUUAGUGAGAAAAUCAUUGAUGAUGUGACUGAUAGCCUGGUGACUGUAUGCGAGAUGAGACAAAAGGCUGGAUGGCUAGGUGAUCUUGCAAAACGAUUUGUUAGUUUCAUCAAGCAUUGCAAACCUGAUGCUUUUGUGAAAAUGAACCAAGCCUAUCAUGAUCUUGUUGGAACUGAACGAAGAUUGAACGCUAUCGUAGAACUCUUGCGAACGGAUGAUAUCAAUGAUUCCUCCUGUCUACAUGAAUUGCAAAGAAUUAUAUCCCAACUUGAACAUCUCACUGAAGCAUAUAUUGGUCAUCAUGGGGAAUCUAACAAUGCGGACCAAUUCUUUGCUUUGACUCGGGCAUUAGAUUUUAAUGCUGAUCGUAUGACAGUUGAAUUUACCUAUGUACAACAACUGAUAAAUAAGGCUCACAAAGUUGAAGAUAUCCAAAUUGAGGAAGGAAGCGUCUGCUUGGACGUGGAUUAUUUGGAGCCCUUGACUCGUUUGAUUGUACAAGCAAAGAACAGUAAAGUAUCAGCAAAGAAACUUUUACGACAAUUAGAAGAAUUAUCAGAAGAAGCUCUCACACUCAAGGCUGACCAUCUACAUCGUUUCAAAACCCUUUAUGCGAUCAGUUCCAAAUUAUGCAAGUUUUGUUAUGAGCUUUGCCAUCAAAUCACAGUCUAUUUGGAUUCCAAACGAGGAAGCAAGGAAGCAAUCAGUAUUAAAGCUAUUCAGAAAUUGGUACGAGAAAAGGCGGAUGAAGUUUUGGAUAUACCUGAAAGUACAUUGUGGGAAGCAAGUCUCAAGAUUCUCAAAUCAUUGACCUCUGAAUUGGCAAACACUUUGACCCGCGUAGAAAAUGAUCACAAAAAGGAAAAAAUUGCAACAAGCGUUUCACCUUGGAUUCAACGUGCAUCUGAUAUGAAAGCCGAAGUGAUGGUGAAUCAUGAUUUGGAACGAAAACUUCAGCAACACAAUGACGAAAUCGUUCGAUUGAUCAAGGAUGUCAAACUAAAGGAUCAAUCUCUUCAAGAAGCAAGUGUCAAGGUGGAUCUAUUAGAACGUCGAAUGGAGUUUGCAAAGAAGGAAGCAGAACAACUCUCACAACUAGAGGCUGCUCUUGAAAAAGCACACAGUCAAGAGCAAAUGUACGUUGAAGCUAUGGAUAAUCUACAAGCGGAAUAUGAUGUUCUUGAACAAGAAAAUAUUCAACUUAAGAAGGAUGCUGCCAAAAAGGAAGAAAAACGACAAUCUUUAUUGAAGAAGAUUACGUAUGAUGGAUCAGAUUUGAAUUCGAUGACAACGUCGACAACAGACAUGGUUGAUGAUGUACCUGGUGGAUAUCAAAUGAUGGAUAGUCAUAUGCAAACACUCAAGGCAGCCAUUCGAUACCUUCGUAGUGAAAAUGCGCAAUUGAAAAGUCAAGAUUUGGUCAAAAGCUUACAGCUGGAUCAGUUACCUGCCAUCAUCACGCAUAAUAACAACGACGACAAUAUGGAAAAGAUUCAACGUAUUCAAACAAUGGCUAGUCAAUCACGCAGUUUACUAAAGGAUAUCCGAUCAGCCAGUGCUUGUCCCAAACUAGUAGAACUUUCCAAUACCUCUUCAACAAAACAAUGGCAAAGCAUCAAGAAAGCACCCAGCUAUCAAUACCAAGCACAGCAAAGUAUUCUCUAUACACUCAAGCAACGUACACAUCAAUUACAGCAAAAUAUUCGAUCCAUGGCUCACGAAAAUAAUGGAUCAGCAAGUUUAUCAAACAAGACAACGACAAAGAACUUUGAAUCUAGUCGUACAAUUGCAAAGAUCAAGAUACCAGCUUUACCACAACUCAUAUCUCUUGGAUCAUCAGCAAAUAAUGGCACUAAUAACAAAAAAUCCAUGUCAGGAAAUAAUAUCAAGGUUGUUUGUCGUUUUCGCCCACAGAACAAACUUGAAAUUAAGGAAGGUGGUGUACCUAUUGUAGAAAUUGACGAUGAAGGUACUUCAGUGAGUUUAAAGGGUGAAACUCAAUCCAAUUAUGCAUUCGAUAAAGUGUUUGGAUCAACAACAAGGCAACAAGAAAUAUUUGACUAUUCUAUCAAAUCUAUCGUUGACGAUGUGGUGGCUGGAUACAAUGGUACUGUCUUUGCAUAUGGACAAACUGGUUCCGGAAAAACAUUUACGAUGAUGGGUUCUGAUAUUGAUGAUGCCGAAAACAAAGGGAUUAUCCCUCGAAUUGUUGAGCAAAUUUUUGAAAGUAUCAUGUUAGCACCUGAUAAUAUGGAAUUUACUGUCAAAACUUCUUAUAUGGAAAUCUAUAUGGAAAAAGUGAAAGAUCUUUUAAAUCCAUCUAUGGAUAAUCUCCCUAUUCAUGAAGAUAAAGUCAAAGGUGUCUAUGUCAAAGGUGUUCUUGAAGUUUAUGUCUCAUCUACUGAAGAAGUCUAUGAUGUGAUGCGUCGUGGUGCAAGUAAUCGUGUGGUGGCCUAUACAAAUAUGAACGCUGAAAGUUCUAGAAGUCAUUCCCUUGUUUUAGUGACUAUCACUCAAAAGAACAUAGACACAGGUGCAGCAAAAAGUGGUAAACUUUAUUUGGUGGAUUUGGCAGGAUCAGAAAAGGUUGGAAAAACUGGUGCCUCUGGUCAAACGUUGGAAGAAGCAAAGAAAAUCAACAAAUCUUUGACGGCUCUUGGAAUGGUGAUCAAUUCUCUGACGGAUGGAAAGUCAAGCCAUAUUCCGUAUCGAGAUUCCAAAUUGACACGUAUUUUACAAGAAUCUCUUGGUGGUAACUCACGUACGACCCUGAUCAUCAAUUGCUCCCCUUCCUCUUACAAUGAAGCUGAAACUAUCUCAACAUUGCGAUUUGGGAUGAGAGCCAAGACUAUCAAGAACAAAGCCAAGGUGAAUGCUGAUUUAUCUCCUGCUGAACUCAAGGCAUUAUUGAAAAAAGUCAAAGGGGAAACUGUGUCUUAUCAACAUUAUAUUGCUGCAUUAGAAGGUGAAAUUGGCAUCUGGCGCUCUGGAGGAACGGUUCCUGAAGCUCAAUGGGCUUCUGCUUCUUCUGCUAAUAAAGGAAUCAUCUCUACAUCUGAUCCAACCAAUAUCAAAAGCCCUACUAGUCCUACCAAUGCUUUUCCUCCUGGCCUUAAAGCUUCUUUAUUGGAUGAUGAUACUUCUCGUCCUUCUACUCCUUCUGCCAUUUUGGAAAAAGAUGAACGUGAUCAAUUUUUACAACGGGAAAAUGAUCUUUUGGAACAAAUUUCGGAAAAGGAAACCGAACUUGCCAACCGUGAAAAAUAUGUUGUGGAUUUACAACAAGAAUUGGAACAACGCAAAGAACUCGAAAAAACCCUACAGACAGACAAUCAGCAAAUGACAUCUGAACUUGGCGAAGCGAAAAUUCAACUAGAAAAAAUCAUGUAUGAAAACAAAGAAGGAUUAAUCACGGCCGAUUCACUCAAAGAAGCAAAUCAAGAAUUAGCAGAAGAAUUGGAUAGAUUACGACAAACAUUAGCCAAGCUUCAAGAACAACAAGACAAUAGGAAUAUCAAGACCGAAUCACCCACCGCUAGUCCUACAGAUCCAAUGUUGGUCAUUAAUGAAAAAGAAAAACUCAUCAAUGAAUCUUUGAAACGUUUAUCUAAUCAACCUACUAUGACACCAAACGAAAUUGUUACGCUUCAAAAAGAGUUGGCUGACUCAAAAGCACUGGUGGAUCAUUAUCAGUCUGUGAUACGUGAACUAGGCAUUGACAAGGAUAUGAUGAUCAAGAAACAAAUCAAUCUGGAAGCAACCUACAGUACUUUGGAAUCAGAAUACGAGGCUUUAUUGGAGAAGGCGAUCACAGAUGAAGAACUUCAGCAACAAGAGCAGGCCCUUUCAGCUCAUAAAGCGGCAUUAGAACAAGAUUACAACUCUAAACGUGAACAACACGCAAAAGCAAUGGAAGACCUGAAGCAACAAAUUCAACAAAAGGAUGAACAAGAAGGAAAAUUGGCAUUGGCAAUUGCUGAAUUGAAAAUGGCUAAUGAAGAACUCCAGGAUCUCAUCUCAACUCAACCUAACUCACAACAUCAAGGAACAUCACCAGCUCCUAACAAGACGGAAAAUACAACAACAACUACCGACAAGGAUGUGGAAGCAAUGAGGAAAUCCAUGACUCAACAAUUGGCCGACUUUGAAAUGAUGAAGAAAGCAUUAAUGCGUGAUUUACAAAGUAGAUGUGAACGUGUUGUAGAUCUGGAAAUAUCUCUGGAUGAAACAAGGGAACAAUAUGCCAAUGUGCUUCGUGCGACUAACAACAAGGCUCAACAAAAGAAGAUGGUGUUUUUGGAACGUAAUCUGGAUCAGUUGACCAACGUUCAAAAGCAGUUGGUAGAACAAAAUUCUCAUCUCAAAAAGGAAAUGGCUCUGGCGGAACGCAAAUUGACAGCAAGAAAUGAACGUAUUCAAAAUCUGGAAUCCUUAUUACAUGAUACUCAGGAAAAGUUGAAGCUACAAACUGAACGAUUUGAAUCUCAAAUGCAAGCGUUACGUGAUAGAUUGGAUCAAGCUCGUAGUAAUCAGAAAUCAGCUGCUACUCCCUUCAAUGGAUUCAAUCGUAUAGCCAAACCUCUUCGUGGUGGAACAGCAUCCGUUCAAGAUGGUGUUGAUAAACGUGACAAGCGGUCUUCUUGGAUACCCUUUAGAUGAAUAGGAAAAAAAAGAAAAGAAAUAGUAGUAUAGUAUCAUAGAUGUUGUUUUAUACCACCCUCAAUUUAUUUAUUUUUUUUUCUUGCUAUCUUCGUACAUAUUUAUCUACUUUUACAUAUAU